GACGGCAAGACAUGCGCGCAGUAUGCGAGUGCUGAAGGGAACUUGGAGGUAGUGCGGUAUGUUGGGGAGACAUGCGGGGAGGAGGUACUGAGGGAGAAGGACAAUAACGGCAAGACAUGCGCGCACUGGGCGAGUGAGGGAGGGCAGUUGGAGGUGCUGCGGUAUGCUGUAGAGACAUGCGGGGAGGAGGUACUGAGGGAGAAGGACUUUGACGGCAGGACAUGCGCUCACUGGGCGAGUCUCAGAGGGCACUUGGAGGUAGUGCGGUAUGUUGGGGAGACAUGCGGGGAGGAGGUACUGAGGGAGAAGGACAAUGACGGCUGGACAUGCGCGCACUGGGCGAGUGAGGGAGGGCAGUUGGAGGUAGUGCGGUAUGCUGUAGAGACAUGCGGGGAGGAGGUGCUGAGGGAGAAGGCCAAGCACGGCAGGACAUGCGCGCAUACGGCGAGUCUCAGAGGGCACUUGGAGGUAGUGCGGUAUGUUGUAGAGACAUGCGGGGAGGAUGUGCUGAGGGAGAAGGACAAGUACGGCAAGACAUGCGCGCACUGGGCGAGUCUCAGAGGGCACUUGGAGGUGCUGCGGUAUGUUGUAGAGACAUGCGGGGAGGAUGUGCUGAGGGAGAAGGACAAGCUCCGCUGUCUUGGGCUUUUAUACACGUAA